UCCACCACGCCGGGAGGAACCCGAAUCAUUUAUGAUCGAAAGUUUCUGUUGGAUCGUCGCAAUUCUCCCAUGGCUCAGACCCCACCCUGCCAUCUGCCCAAUAUCCCAGGAGUCACUAGCCCUGGCACCUUAAUUGAAGACUCCAAAGUAGAAGUUAACAAUUUGAACAACUUGAACAAUCAUGACAGGAAGCAUGCAGUUGGGGAUGAUGCUCAGUUUGAGAUGGACAUCUGACUCUCCUGCAAGGGUUAGAAGAAAAGCAGCAGUGCUCGACCCUGUGUGCACCUGAUUUGGCCAAUAGGAUCAACAGUGAAGACAGAAGAGGCCGUACCUGUAGUACCCAUUGCAGUCUCCACCGCCCCCCUUCCUCCGGGUGCCAAAUGAUGGGAAGCUGAGCUUCAUCAAACCCCUUUCUCCUGUCCCCUUCCCUGUUAGACAGAUUGAUUGAAGGGCCUUGGUGUAUUUCUGCAAAGCUAAGCAGCCUGUAGAGGAAAACAAACUGACUUUCCUGGUCAUUUUUCUAUUGAGAACCACACCCCUCAAAUGUUUCUCAAAUCAAACGUUAACCUACAGCAGGCGCCUGGCUGGCAAGGCUGGGGAAGGGAGGCAGAGGUUCGGUGCAGUCAACGUUAUUUUCGUUCCUUACCCUCUGCUCUCCUUGUCUCGUAUCUCCCCCAUAGUUCAGUGCUGCAAGAGCCCACAUUCAGGGUCUUUAAAACCAUCUGGGGGAAAUGACAGAACGCUGCUUUCCCUUUUACCUUGCGGUGUCUGUCCUCAGGGACAGAGCACCGUUUAUGCAACUCUAGUAGCAUGACCCCAUGAUACCAUUUUGAGGUUUGCUUCCCCUUUUCCUCUGGGAGGAAAGUCUUCUGUUUUUAAUAAUAGCAUUCAUCUUCCCCUUCCUUCACUUAGCGCGUUUGUGCAGGUAUUUUUAAGUUCUCUGCAAAGAAGGGAGCCCUCAGUAACCAGCUAUUCAUUGCUUUUCCAUUUCUCCCUACUCACAUCUGUUGCUGGCAGAGUCCUCCUGUACUCUGAGAUACCAAGUGAUUUUGUGUGCUCCUGGGGCAGAUCCAUACCAAGUAACAGGGGCACUUAGGCCUUCGCUUGCUAGAUGAGGCUGGAGCAUAGUAUCUGCCAAAUAAUGCCUAAAAAUGACCUCUGUGGGACACGGGCCCAUUUGAGCACCCAGUCUCAGUAUUUUUUUUUCCUAAUCCCAUGAACACAUGCUAUUUGUUGUCUCCCAUUACAGUUUCUUAUUUUUUGUCUAAAAUGGACUUUCAGAGUGUUCUUAGACAAGAACUACAUUUUUUUUCCUUUGUGGAUCUGGUUUAUUUGGCUGCUGGGAUAGAUAAGCAUGGAGUUAAAAAUCUGUUCCUCCCAGUUUUCUUGCCUUCCCCAUUGCACUCUGAAUUUUCCCUUUCUUUUCUUUCCUGCCUCCCUCCAUCUCCUCCUUUUCUUUCCCUGUUCUCUGCCAGGCCAUUUUUCAAAUAUACAGCAAAGAUACUUCAAACGUUGGUAUCUGAUAAUAUCUGUCACUCCUCUGAGGAGUGGCCUUUUAUUUUUAAAGACUACAGACCUAUUUUUAGAUAUGUUUUCAGUACAAUUUUGAACAGCAACUUUUUAAACAUCUUCCAGUGUUCGGAAGAUGAGAACUGUUCAUAGAUGAGUCUGUUCUGUGUCACUAUUCUUGUCUCCCCCAGUCCCUUCUGAGCUCUGUCCUUCCCCCAUUCAUCUGGGUGUGUGUGUUUGGAGUCUAUAGUGGGUGAUUUGUAAAACUGGACCAUUUGCCUUGCUAUGGGUUGUUCAUUCUUCUCCAUUACCCCUUUGCUUUUUCAUAUUCCCUCUUCUCCAUCCCAGUCUCCAGGGACUAUUGACUGGCACAGUAAUUCCAGGAGAGUGACUCGCCACAUGAAUGAAUGCAUCCACUCCCUUGUAGACAAAGUCGUAACUGUAUCAUGGGAAUUUCUGAUUGGAUUUGAGGCCCUGAACCCUCUUACUAAGAGAUCAGAACCCGAGGUGAGAGUAACAGGCCAACUGGCUGAGAAAGAAAGCUGUUUGUUUUUCUUUUGAACUAUGAUAAGACCUGGUUUGUGAAUACAUUUUAGAAAGAAGAGAGGAAGGAUAUCUGUGGAACUUUGUUCUGUUUUUGCUAUAAAAUGUGAAUAGUUCAAAGAGUGAAAACCUUUUUUGAUGGUUGAUGUCUCUCAGGAAUAAGCUGGAUCUCCAGUGUUUUGGGAAUGCUGUGAGUCUCAAAAAUUGAUAAUCAAAACUAUUCUUUGUUUGUUUGUUUAAUGUACCCCUGUUCUGAUUUUAAUUAAACUCCAAAUUUCGCUUUACGUA